AUGUCGGCACUGCCUGAACGUCCAUGGUCAGAGAUCAGCACUGAUUUUGAACAGGUACCUGGCAUGGGUACGCACUUUAUGGUAAUCUCCGACUUCUCACGCUACGUCGUCGUGGAACCAGUGUCCUCUCUCACAGCAAAUGCGGUCAUCCCUGUCCUUGACAAGAUCAUUGGAGAAUUCGGUGUACCCGAUGUGGUCAAGUCGGAUAACGGACCCUCCUUCAACAGCAGCACAUUCUCUGACUACGCACGGCACAAAGGCUUCAAGCAUCGUAAGAUUACUCCGCUGUGGCCGCUCGCAAACGCCGAGGCAGAACGCUUUAUGAAGACGGUAAAGAAGUCUAUUAAAGCUGCCAUAGCGGAAAGGAAAACCUGGAACCAGGAGCUGCACAGCUUUCUGCUUAACUAUCGAGCAACCCCUCACAGCAGCACUGGCAUACCUCCAGCUACGCUGAUGUUCGGGAGGGCCAUCAAAACAACCCUACCCCGGAUCGCGUACGAGAAACCGCAGCACGACGUCCGCCAGAAGGACAGCGAGUCUAAAGCGCGGAUGAAGGUGUAUGCGGAUCGAAAGGCAUAUGUCAGAGAGUCUGGUAUAAAGAUUGGUGAACCUGUGCUCAUGAAGAGAGAGAGAAUGAGGAAGUCUGAACCCCCGUUUGAUCCGAAACCCCUCAUCGUUACGAAGAGAAAUGGAUCGAUGGUGACGGCUGAAUGUCAUGGAAAGACAGUCACCAGAAACUCGUCCCGAUUUAAACGCUCCCCCACACGUCCAGAAGACGUCCCGACGUCAUCGGAUGAGGAGGAGGAAGAGCUGGGUUUACACCAAUACCUCGGACCAGACGAUCCGCCGCCGGACCCUGUGGUCCAGCACGCUCCAAGGCUACCUGAGGUGCAAGGCAGACCGCAGCGAGAGCGUCGGCUUCCAGAUAGAUUUAAGGACUUCGUCAUGGCGUAG